GCGAACACAAGCCAAAUAAUCAAACAACCAAACACUGACCACAAGCCAGCGAACGCAAGCUCCCACACAUACCAAUCAGGACAUAAUCUCUAUCAUCCCCAUCAACCCCAACUUCAUAUUCCCCCUCCGUUCCGUCCAAUACACAGCGAAGACUACAAUGGAAGCCAUUGGAGUUCUGAUGGCUGGCCCUAUGUCGCCUUACCUCGAGAAAGAACUGGACAAGCGGUUCAAGCUCUUCCGGUUCUGGAACUUCCCUCAGAAAACCGAAUUCUUGAAAGAAAACUCCAAUUCGAUCCGGGCAGUCGUCGGCUACACCACGGCCGGCGCUGAUGCUCAGUUGAUUGACUCGCUGCCCGGUUUGGAGAUCGUCGCGAGUUACAGCGUGGGAUUGGACAAGAUUGAUUUGGAGAAGUGUAAGGAGAAGGGGAUUAGGGUGACCAACACGCCCGAUGUGUUGACUGAGGACGUGGCGGAUUUGGCGAUCGGAUUGAUUUUGGCGACUCUGAGAAAGAUGUGCGAGUGUGAUCGGUAUGUGAGAAGUGGGUUGUGGAAGAAAGGGGACUUCAGAUUGACUACUAAGUUUAGUGGCAAAUCAGUUGGUAUUAUUGGAUUAGGCAGGAUUGGCUCAGCAAUUGCUAAGAGAGCUGAAGCAUUUGGAUGUCCAAUCAGUUACUUCACUAGAUCAGAGAAACCUGAUUCAGAAUACAAAUACUACCCUAAUGUCAUUGACUUGGCCUCCAACUGUCAAAUCCUUAUCGUUGCAUGCCCAUUAACCAGUGAAACCUGUCACAUCAUCAACCGGGAAGUCAUCAAUGCAUUGGGUCCGAAGGGCAUCCUUAUUAACAUUGGGCGAGGCCCUCAUGUUGAUGAACCUGAGCUGGUAUCAGCUUUAGUUGAAGGACGGUUGGGUGGAGCCGGCCUAGAUGUGUUUGAACAUGAACCUGAAGUGCCAGAACAGCUCUUUGGGCUUGAUAACGUGGUCCUCUUGCCUCAUGUAGGAAGUGCCACAGUGGAAACUCGUAACGCCAUGGCUGACCUUGUCAUUGGGAAUUUGGAGGCUCACUUUUUGAAGAAACCACUGUUAACUCCAGUUGUUUGAUUGGGAUGUGAAGGUAUGUCGAUUUAUGAUUGUUUGGAGGCUUCAUCUUGCUUGAAAUCAUUGCCUCCUGAACUUAGCAAACAUAUUUUGUGGAAUAACAAUCUUUAAUGUUAGUACCCAUGAUUUCUCGUAAGUUAUUUCUUACCAUCUUUAGUGCAGUCUUGUUGCUAAUUUCAGUUAAAAUGGCAAUGCAAUUGGAUCAUUCUUAUGUAAAGCAGCAUCAGGGAGCUCUUCCCAAUAUCGCACUUGGUUGAUUGCUAAGCUGGGA